AUGUGGCUUACAGAAGAGCUUGAUGAGGAGGUCACGGAGGUACUGCGGGCCGUGGAUGUAGUUGCAGUCUUGAUCGAAGAGGCAGAUGUUCGCACGGAGGAAGUUGACGCCCGAGUUGAUGAUACACUAGAACUCUUGCUGUUGCUCGUGGAGCUGGAUUUCUUUGUUGACGAAAAUGACGACGUUUUGGUCGAUGAGGCGGUUGAAGAGGGACAGGUUGGUGUAAGCUUCAGGCUAGUACAAGAGGCCGAUCCGGUCACAGUCCUGGUAUAUGUCUUUCCAAGCGAGGUAGCAAGGCUCUUACAUGUACACGGUGCAGUAGGACAGGUCGGCGUCAGUUUCAGGCUCGUGCAGGAGGCCGAUCCAGUCACGGUUCUGGUGCUUAUCUUGCCAAGCGAGGUAGCAAGACUUUUACAUGUACACGGUGCAGUAGUGGUCGACGCCUUGGAGGAGGUUGUGGUCUGA